UGCUGUAGAAUGUGGAAUAAAUCAGAAAUUAAUUACAGUGAUAAUGACUGAUACUAUUACAAUAAAAGUACACGAUUACAAAACCAGCUUCCUGUAUUUAGUUUUAAAGGCACUUAAAUCCUUACACGGUCUUAAAAGGACUGCCAAAGGUGCAAAGCUAAACGACGUUGUAAAAUAUUUAAGUCAGACGUACAAUAUUCCUGGAGAUGUAAAAAGUCAAGUACAAAAUGCUUUAGAUAUCGGAGAAGAGUAUCGUUUUAUUCAGAAGGCUAACAAUAAAUUUAUUUUGAUAUCGCCUGUUGCCACGCUUCAACUUAUGCCAGACGACUGUAAAAAUUAUGAAAUGGAGAGAAUUCAACAGAUAUUUCAGCACAGCUGGUACACUAGGAAAAGGAGGCGUGACGCAUCAACUGAAUCAUAUAGUUGUCCUGAGAAACGUAAGCAGGCCAGAAUGUGUCCUUCAGACGCUUCUGAAACCUCAGAAGAAGCUUAUACAGGAAGAUCUUCAAAAAAAUGUCAGAGUCCCUUAAUUUUACCCCAAACAAGUACCCCAGUAAAGUGUUGUACGUGCAAUUGUUAUAAAAUGUCCGAUAAUGGUAAAUGCACUGCCGUUUCGGAUUCAGUACAACCGGCAGAAGACACGCAACCAAUCUCAGAGAGUUAUCAAUGUGCUAAAAGCACAAGAAGAAAUCAAAGUUGUUCCUAAUUCUGAAACUAUUGUAGUGCCAAUUAAAAAAUAAAUAUAGGGAAUUUAGUUACUGUAAGAAUAUAUUUUUUAUGUUAACAACAUUAUACUUUUAAAUAUGUAAUUCUCUACUGGGUCUUUUUAUAUUUAUCUACAACAAAUAAAUGUAAUUUAUUUAAAAAAG